GAGUGUGUGUAUGAGUGAUGGGUAGGUUUAGGGGUCGGGUUAGUGUGUGUGUGUGUGUUCCCUGUCCCAGCAAGAGGUCUGAUUCCAGUCCGGAUCUCCCGCUGACUAACACAAAGGGGUUUAAGUGUUUGAACAGGCUUUGGUCACACGAGAUGCUGAAAUCUGCCUAGCUCAGAUUAGCCGGAUCAGCGUCGGAUCAUGCGGCCGACAGGAAUGUUGAAUGUGCUGUUAUGAAACCAAACUCAUUAAUUCAUAAACGUAUCGCUGAAUUACCCUGAGAAGAUUUCUUUAAGGUUGUCGGGAGUGUUUUUAAAAUUUAUUUUUUAUUAAGAUACUUUGCUAGCUUGAUUGUUUGUAAGUUUUGGAGUAAUUCAGUUCUCCACGUCCUCUUGUGGUCAGAUAUGGAAUUAAAUCCUGUAUUUUGCUUUCUUACGGUUUCACAACUGGGAUAUUAAAAACAAUAAAAUGUAUAAAAUUAAAUAUAAUUUUAAAAAAAAGUUAAAUUUGGUGUUUUACUAUAUACAUAUAUAUUAUUAUUAUUAUUUUUUUUUUUUUUCAUUUUUAAAUAUUCUCUGCAGGGAUUUAUUGAUGCUCUCUAUUUGACUUUUAUAUCUAUAAUUUUAUAUGUUUUUGUGAUGAUUGAUGAGUGUUUUUCAGGCUCUGUAAACACAGGUUCCUCCUGCAAUCUCUCAUGCCGUUGGCUAUAAGCGCUAAGAAGAUUACGACUGACUCCUUAUCUCUGAACACGACACAAACGGUAGGAAGAAACUGGUGUUUUAUUGGUUUCUUAGUGUGUAUUAUCAGCAGAUGAAUGAAUGAUUAUACUGGAAUACUGGGAGACAGUGACGACAGCGAUGACGAUCCAAACUCAAAGAACCUGCUGGCGGCGUCCUGGGAGAAGUUAUCCGUCAUGGACAGACUGGGAUUAAAGAGCAGUGUGGAGAUGACGGAGGACGAGGUCGAGAGCGCGUUUACCCAGUUUGCACUGGGGUUUGGCUGUGACCAGUACACGCUAACGCAGCGGCUUCAAGCGGAGCAUCACGAGCGUGUCGUCGCGGAGGAGAAUCUGCAGAGAGAGCUGCUACACACCCAAGAGAUGCUGCAGGUGUUGUACGAGCGUCUUCCAGAUGUGGACGGCAGAGAGAUGGUGGAACAGAUGAAGAACAGCCUCCAGAUGCUGGAGAGCAACGUAGACACCGUAGCGAAAACAGCAGAGAUGCUCGGAGCCGCACACCAGGAAGCGCGCGUCAGUCACGCCGUGGAAAUGAUGUCGAUUCACGUGGAGCAUCUCAAGAAACGUCACGCUUCAGAGAGCGAGGAGAUGCUGGAGGCCAGGAAGAUGCUGCACAGGAGGAAGCGUCGGUUACACAGCGACUCCACAGAUGACCGGGACCUGUUCAGACAUUUAUCACAACAGCCAAUACGCCGCAGGGUCAGCAUCACGUUACUCCCGACUCAAUCUGAGUUGAAGCGUCUAGAGGCUUCGUUUUUGGAGAACUGCGAAACCGGUGCGGACGCAAACGCAGAGUUUGAUACGCAAGAAGACCGGAGACAGGAAGUAGAUUCUCCUGUGAACAGUCUAAACCAAGAUGAUGAUGGCGACAGAGGUGUGUUUCAAAGUGUGACGCAAAUCACGUGCCAUCGCCGUCGUUAUCCUCCAAUCAAGCCCAAAGAAAGUUCAUGUGAGGGGGAGGAGUCAGAACAAGGGGAGGAGUCCAACCCUGAAAUGCGUCUCUUGGCACGUCGGCGCCCCCUGGUGUCCUGGAGGUUUCCUCACGGACGGAUCGUCACAGUGAUUUCGUUCGUGUUUGGUCUGAUAACGACUCUUUUAUAUGUAUUUGUGAUCGCGGGUGACGUCACGCGCCUCGGCCCCGCCCCCCGCGCGCGCUCAUGAAGCUUUAACGAGCUCGUGAGAGUUCAGGUAGAUGCUCGCCAACUGCGUCUCCUCAUCACAUCAUCAUCAUCAUCAACAUCAUCAUCA